UUUGACCAGCUGUCCGACCUCUCAGAACACAGUCAGGAUGGCAGCGAGGGCGCCUCUAUCAAGCCGGAUACUCGAGGAGUGAAGAGCAUGUUUCUCGCAUCUGUGGGAGCUCGCCGUCAUUUACAUUCAAGUGCCAAAGCUGAGUUGGCGGCAGCUCAGCUGGGCGAUAUCCCAGCCGACUUUGAUCAGGCCGGUUUGCUUUUUUCCGGCCUUGUCAUGAGACCACGCACCUUGUCUCCGAUUCCCUCCGUCGACUUCGACUCGACCAUUUAUUAUCCGGACGACUACCGGUCCAUGCCGAUGGCCUCACUCCUUGACGUAAAAAUGAUUGGAAAUGAGGAGAGCAAGAGCACCAAUGGAGGUAUGAUAGAAAUUGAGGAGGAGGCUGAGGAUUCUGUAAAUUCCGGUUAUAAUGACCUCUAUUGGCGGCCGAGGAUAGGCAUGUAUCCGGCACAAGUUGGCAGACGACUUGGGGCAAACCAUUCUGCUCCAGAGAGUCAAGACGUCGCCUUUGAGGCAGUCGUCGCAACCUGUUUGGGUCCCGAAGGUGGACAUACGACUGCAGGGCAAACACUAUUUCCCUCAAUAACCAGCAAAAAGGCAACGACCAAUAACACUGGCCAAAAGGAUCAGGCUGGAGAAAAUGCAGCAGCUUGGUUGAUCGGCGGAGAGCCACCUAAAGCUGAUCGGCGAUCAGAAGCAAACGAUGAUAUUUCAGGGGCCCUCAGCAAUAGUGAGGAAGACAAUUCGUGGAACCUGAAACAAGAUUCUACGCACAAUUUAGAGGUAGGCAUAUCAAGGGGAAAAAAUUAA